AUGGAGACUGCCGAGCCAGUAUCCUAUGAGUUCUCUGCUCAAGGCCAUGGCGUGGGCGCAUUCCCUCGUCGUGCCAUGGAUACGCCCCUGUUCCCAUACUACUCCCAUCCGACCACAACCUCAUACUCAUUGCCCUACCAGACCCAGCCUCCAGCUGCAUACAACUUCGGCUCCUUGAAUCAUCAUAACCACCAUAAUCACCAUCACCAGUCUCCAUAUCAAUACUUUGUCACCAACCAGCCACCACCAGCACAUUCACUCGCAUCAUCCCGUCUGCCCGAGCAACCACCCUCACUACCUGAGAUCCGUCCUGCCAAAAAUGCCAUCAGCCAGGUGUGCAAACCCGAGCCUGGUCCGGGGCUAGGUUUGCUAUCGCAUCCAGCGGGACUCUCCAAAGAAUCCCAAGACAAAAAGGACGGCCCUUCAAUCGAGUUCUCCACCGGUGUCGACGUCUUGAUGAAGGCGAUUCAAGCAAAGCCAUCGACUUCCUCACACCCAACACCAACACCGCAUCAGCAUCAGCAUCAGCAAUUACUCCCUUCAGUUCAACAACUAGCUCCACACGGCUAUCCAACCCCGAACCCAAACCCAAACCCAAAUCCCAUCUAUGCAAACACAAACGCAAUGUCCCCACCACAAUGCCUCCUCACCAACGAAGGCCAACUCUCCCGAUCCGGCAAGCAACGCAAGUAUACCUGCACCUUGCCAAACUGCGGCAAAAGCUUCGCCCAAAAGACCCAUCUCGACAUCCACACGCGAGCACAUACCGGAGACAAACCAUUCAUCUGCAAGGAGCCUUCAUGCGGGCAACGUUUCUCGCAGCUAGGCAACCUAAAGACCCAUCAACGCCGCCACACCGGCGAAAAACCCUACGAAUGCGAACUAUGCCACAAGCGCUUCGCCCAACGCGGCAACGUCCGCGCCCACAAAACAACACACCUCCAAGCAAAGCCCUUCACCUGCCUCCUCAACGACUGCGGGAAGAACUUUACGCAACUAGGUAAUCUCAAGUCCCACCAAAACAAAUUCCACCAAAACACCCUAAACACCCUAACACACCGCUUCUCAACUGAACACGGGCCCGCAAACCCGCAAGACCGCGAAUUAUGGGAGUACUUCGCAACCCUGUAUAAGAACAGCAACAAGGGCAUCAAAGGGCGCGGGAAAGAUCGACGCAUCUCGACGACGAAGCGCGGGCUCGGCAUGGGCAUGGGCAUGGGCAUUAUCAAGGGUGAUCCGAUGAAUCGGCUUCCUUCUAUGGAGUCGGAUGAGGAUGCGUCGUCGUCGUCGACAGCGGGGUCAGGCUCCUCCGGGUCUGGGCCCGGGUCUGCGUCCUCGCUGGCGCUGUCUCAGCGGAGAAGUAGUUAUGAAGAUGGGAUGUCGAUUUAUACGCGUGGGUCCAGUAGUGAUGGUGACGAGGGGUAUUCGAGUUUUAUGCCGAGGAGGGGGGAGGGUGCUGGGUUUAAGAUGGAGGGGUCCCAUGGUCAUGGCUUUAUGCAUAAAUUGGAGGAUAUGAGGUGA